AUGGUCUCAGCACACAAGUAUGACCUCACCGAAUUCCAGCUCUUCCAAUCCACCGAAAAGGCCCUCUUACGCAAGACCAUGGAAGCCGUCGAAGAAGUCUACUACAAGUCUCUCCAAGACCCCGAUGAAGGAUACUCCACACUCAGCUACAAUGACCUCAUUGUCCACCUCAACGAACAGUAUGGAACCCUCACCAAUGACGACCUUGACAAAAACAUCGACUGCAUGAAUGCCAAAUGGACACCAACACAGCCCAUCGAACUGCUCUUCCAUCAGAUCAACGAUGCACGCUCCUUCGCACGCGACCAUAACAACAUCACUGAAAGAGCCACCAUCCGUUCUGCACUAAAAAAUUUGGAAAACAGCGGCGUUUUCACGUUAGCUCUCAAAGAAUGGCGCAACAAAGCCGAAGACGAACAAACAUGGACCAACUUACAGACAUUCUUCGCCAAGGCCAACAAGCCGACGGCUCCGGCUCAUCACAAGCCAAAUGAGCAGGCUUAUCCUCCUCUCU